AUGCACGGACCUCCAAAGAUCUUGUUGUUUGCCAUUUACUAUCCAGUCAUUGCAGCCAUCGGCAUUCCUGCUAACGUGGCGGUGAUUUGGAUCUUGUGCCGCCGCCGGUGUGGGCUAUCGGGCUGCAUCACCUUGUACCUACUGUCCAUGGCAGUGACCGACCUGCUGGUGCUGAUCACGGCGGUGGUCCUGAACCGGGUUGUGGCCAUGAACUCCCCGGCCAACCCGCUCACCUUCUCCCCGCUGUGCAACGUCAACUUCGUGCUGGUGUACGCGGUGAGGGACUGCUCCGUCUGGACAACCGUGGUCUUCACCUUCGACCGCUUCGUGGCCAUUUGUUGCCACAAACUGAAAGCCACGUACUGCAGGGAGCGGAUGGCAGCCGCCGUGGUCGCCACUGUCUGUGCUCUCAGCUCAUUCAAGAACGCAUUCUGGUAUUUCAUCUUUGAGCCCCUUGCUAAAGGCGAGGCCACACCGUGCAAAAUCAAACCCUCCUUUUACACCUUGCCCGCCUGGGUGGCCUUUGACUGGAUCGACAGCAUCCUAACCCCCUGUCUCCCCUUCGUGUUAAUUCUCCUCCUCAAUUUCCUGACGGUCCGCCACAUUUUAAGGGCGAUUUCAACCCGCAGGAGGCUUCGGGGCAACGAGGACAGAGAGGGUCAGAGCGACCCGGAGACUGAGAGCCGCAGGAGGUCCAUAGUCCUUCUCUUGAGCAUCUCUGGUCUCUUCAUCCUCCUGUGGCUCCUGGUGUUCAUCACCUUCCUCUACAUCCGCAUCGCCAGCGUCACCUACUUCUCCGGCUCCAACUUCAAUGAGUCCAACUUCCUCCUGGAAGAAAGUGGCUACAUGCUACAGUUCCUCUGCUCCUGCGCCAACCCCUUCAUCUACGCCGGCACCCAGAAUAGGUUCAGGGCAGAGCUGAAACUGGGGUUGAAAUAUCCACUCUCCCUCAUUGGCAAACUGCGGAAAUAA